CAUAGCAACAUAUAAACAGAUUUUUGAGAAUCCAUGUUUCGGUUCUUCCAUCUAAAAAUAGUAAGAAUUAGGUAAAAAAUGGAAACUACAAUAGACGAGGAAGUGCAAGCAGAUAUUCCUGAACAAAUAGGCGAAGAGACUGUAUUGAAAAUAAGACCUUUAGAAAGAAUAACGCGUUAUCCCAAAGAUCCCGUAGAACCUUCAGCUUACGGAAAAGGAAAAAACUUCAGUCGACCGUGGAUUCUUCAGGAUGGACGCGAAAAUCCUGAAAAAGGGAGUGAAAUGCGUGACAAAUAUACUAUUCCUAAAAAACCAAGACCACCUGAAGGUAUCCGAAAACGUAUGCUAACGGAUUUCUUCUGGGAGCAAAUGUUGGACGAAGUGAUCGAAGAGCUAGCAACUUCGGAGCCAGUACUCGAAUACUGUUCCGAAUACGAUGCGAAUUUCGUAAAGGAACAGUUCGAACCACGUAAUUUGGAAGUGACUGCAGAUAAAAACAUGCAUCUGAAAUACCCCUUAUACGGCACUGGAUCAAGCGCUAUAACCUUUUAUAGUGAGAAUAUAAAGAAGACUGGUCCAGGCGAAAUAUUAGAGAAGUUUCGAAGAUGCCAAUACUUUACGAAACCAAUGGAAGAGAGGCUUGAUAAUGAUUGGGUUUUAUAAUGUUAUUAUUUUUUGCUAUUGCCAUGAAAUUAGCUUUUAAUUUUGACGG